CCGAUCGCAUUACUAACUUCUUUUUCAUAUGGUUAUAUCCCCAUUUUUUUAUUACAAAGACCAUUUAUAAAGACAGUCCACAUAUAAUGACUAGAAUAGACCGAACGAUACUUAAUGAGGGGAUAGCGCCUAGUCCAGUGGGUGCAGUACCCGUUCCUCUAUUACGUGAAUAUGACACUGAACCAACCCAAGCAACUACAUUCACAGCUGCACCUCCAGUAUUGUUACAGACAACACCAUCACCUAUAUUCUCCAAAUUCUCACCUAAUCAACUAAUAACCAUGGCUGGGGCUGCAUCAGGGUUCCUUGCUGGAGUAGCUGUGUGUCCAUUAGACGUGGUUAAAACAAGGUUACAAGCCCAGGGGGAUGCCAUUGCAUAUAUGCCGUCGAAGUAUAACGGCUUUUGGCAUACUUUGAAAACUAUCCUUGCCGAAGAAGGUGUUCGUGGAUUAUACCGUGGGCUAGUACCGAUAACAAUAGGUUAUUUACCUACAUGGACAAUAUAUUUCACUAUAUACGAAAAGGGUAAAAAGGUAUUUCCGAGCAUUUUGCAUAAAUAUUUAAAUGUUAAUAAUGAUGAUGCCACACAUUUCUUUUCCGCAUUAACUGCAGGGUUAACCAGUUCGAUAGUGGUGAACCCAAUAUGGGUUGUCAAAACAAGAUUAAUGAUUCAAACCGGUAAGAAAUCAACCAUAUAUGGUCUGCUGAAAACGGUGGGUAGAACUUAUUAUAAAGGUACAAUUGAUGCAUUUGUGAAGAUGUAUCGCGAGGAAGGAAUUAGAGUGUUUUACAGUGGUUUACUACCCUCGAUAUUCGGAUUGUUACACGUAGGGAUCCAUUUCCCCAUGUAUGAGAAAUUAAAGAAUAUAUUGCAUUGUAAUAUGAGUGAAGGGAAUGAUUCGCGAGGAAUGUUGGCGCGAUUAAUUGUGGCAUCGUCAGUAUCAAAAAUGAUUGCUAGUACAAUCACUUAUCCGCAUGAGAUCUUACGUACAAGAAUGCAAAUCAAGAAUCAUGGAAUACAGCCAGUCAAACAUGUUUUGGUGAGAUCUACUAUAGAUAUUUGGAAAAAAGAAGGUUGGAAAGGGUUUUAUGCUGGGUAUGGAACUAAUUUGGCAAGAACGGUACCUUCGAGCGCAGUUACUUUGGUUAGUUUUGAAUACUUCAAAACUUAUCUAUUACGAGUAAGUGGUAAUGGUCCUGUAUUGAAAUAGAAGUGGUUUAUUUAUUUUAUAUAUCUGCAUGUUUUAUAGAGAAAUGGGAAAUGUAAAGCCUCCAUUUUAGCAAUGUCAUACAUGUAAUGAAUAUUU